UGACUGCCCCAUGUAUAUAUGUUGUGCCUGUAGGCAUAAACAAUGCGUGUUUUAUUUAUUGCUGUGUAUCCGCUCUAGUGCUGCUGCUUGACCAUGGAUCAGAGUGUUUCUCAAUCCAAGAGCGUCAUUUGCACGUUGACAGAUAAGAAAGAUCAGACCAAAUAUGUCUGUUUUACACAAAAGAAGUGUGCAGGGAUUAUCAUUGGAUUGAGCAAUGGUGAAGCUGUUUGGAAAGCUGAUCUUUCAGAGGAAACCCUCUUACAGCUUAAGAAGAAAUUGUCAUUGAAAUCAACAGAAGACUAUGCCCUGAAAGUAAAACGCGCAUGCAGGAGCGGCAGUGCGUUUGUUUCACUGCAGGAAGAUAACGCUAUGCUUCACCUUGGCUCUGAGGCUGCAGAAUUCAGUGUGUCCUUCUCAAAGCUUACAGAUCAUGAGGGAAGGACCGAGCUCAAAGAUCUGCUUUUUGAGAUGGCAGACAGUCUAAUGCAACAGGACGAUACGGGAGACAUCUCUUCAUCCAGCCCAGUUAAGACCCCACAGAAGAGGAACUUGGGAUUCGAACCCAGGAGACAGCCAACCGGGCCAACGAUAGCAGUAAAGAAACGCUUUCCAGGGGAUUCGCUCAUCAACCCCGGAACAAAAAAGAAACGCUCUGCUACAGGAGUGGCUUUUGACGAUGCAGAUGACGAAUGACCCUGACACACAUUUUCCUGUUUUUAAUCCUCCAGCACAAUCAAUGCAAUUACUACAACUUUCUGAUUUUUAUCCACUAAUGAAAUUAUAAGACAUGAUUUAUUUAUUUAUUUUUAACUUGCAUGAUUUUAAACCUUUUAAACUGUCUAAAAUAAAAAUAAAUAAAUCUAUUUUUUAAAAUGUGA